CUUGUGCAAUUGUUUCACUCUCUUCUGAUAUGCAAUGUCUCACUAUCACGUGAAGAAGACGCUUGGAUUGUCCUUUUACCAAAGAAAAAACAAAUCUGAUUUUAAUCUUACUGGAUAAAAAAAUACAUAUCUCUCUACUUCUCUUUCGUUUAAGAAGGACAUUAAAAAAAAAUUGGACAUACUUCUGACGACAAUACUUCUGCAUGCAGUGGUUCCAGCUGCCCAGGAGCGAUGUCAUCUCUACCCUCUCACAACAAAGAUCCGUCACGCAUCAGAAAGCAGCUCUCUGACUCUUGUCCAGUUUCUUCUGUUGCCACUACUAAGAGCCUGCGGCAUGAGAGGGUGUCUAGAUUGGGAUCAUCUGGAUCAUCUGAUGUCUCCAGUGACACAUCAACAAACCAUGCUGAGUCCUACUUUUUACAAAGAGAGAACAGACUAUCUGCAAGGAAAAAGGCACAAGAAGAGACAGCAAAUAAUGAUUAUAAAAAGAUGUAUGAAAAGGCACUGGCAACAAAUCAAAGGCUCAAGUCCCGACUGGAAACAAGUAAACAGGAACUCACCAUGAUGCAAGACCAGCUGGAGAGAGCACAGAAGGGGAGACAGGAUGACUGUGGGGCCAAUGUGCUAGAAGCAGAAAAAAAGGAAAGCUGGAGCCUUAAAAAGAGGAUAUCAGAUAUGGAAGAACAACUGAAGAUUAAAGCAGAGCUUAAGAUGGAAAACCAGAGACUAAAGGAUGAGAAUGGGGCUUUAAUCCGUGUCAUCACCAAACUCUCCAAGUGAGAAGGGAAGCAGACAGGAGGGAAGAAGAAGAAAGGAUUCAAGAAGUCAUAUUUUAAUCUGUAUCCUUUAAAUUUCUGAAAGCAUAAGUCCAUCUUCUGAAAAGAUAUGUACAAUGGUCAGCAGAAUGUAUUAAACUGAGCCCUUUCUAUCGAUUGUUUAGAAAGAUGAAAGAGAUGUUGAUUUAAUACUGAUUUUCCAUCCUCCUGUUCACCUAUAAGAAGACACAUUUGUCCAACUGUAAACGCACAAUACAUCAAUUUAAAAUUUUAAAUGUAAACUCACUAAAUAUUUCUAAAUAAAGGCAAAUGCCAGUUUAUGUG